AUGGGCUCUCUUCGGUGGGCCAGCUUCGCGCUGGCCUGUGGACUGGUUCUACUUCGGAAAGGGGGCGACGGAGCCCAGCAGACCAAGGCCAACGUCCCUCGACUAAAACUUUCGUACAAAGACAUGCUGGAGUCCAACAACCUUGUAACGUUUGAAGGGCUCCCCAACAGUUCGUCUUACCACACUUUCCUAUUGGAUGAGGAGAAAGGAAGACUGGUGGUGGGAGCCAAAGACCACAUUUUCUCCUUCAACCUCCUCAACAUCAGCAGAGACAUCGUACAGAUCCCUUGGCCGGCGUCUCCCAUCAGGAGAGAUGAAUGCAAGUGGGCCGGAAAAGAUCUCUCGAGAGAGUGCGCAAACUUUGUGAAGGUCCUGCAACCGUUCAACCAGACCCACCUCUACGUGUGUGGAACCGGAGCAUUCCACCCAGUGUGUUCCUACCUCGAAGUGGGAAAGAAAUUAGAGGACAACGUUUUCCGACUUCUGCCUCACACCGAAAACGGCAGAGGAAAAAGUCCGUAUGAUCCCAAACUGCUCACCGCGUCCGUGCUGAUCGAUGGGGAAUUGUAUGCGGGUACGUCGGCUGACUUCAUGGGACGGGACUUUGCCAUCUUCCGGACCCUCGGAAAGCAUCACCCAAUCAGGACCGAGCAGCAUGACUCCCGCUGGCUCAACGAUCCCAGGUUCGUCGGUGUUCAUCUGAUUCCGGAGAGCGACAACCCGGAGGAUGAUAAGAUCUACCUGUUCUUCAGAGAGAACGCCAUUGACGGGGAACACGCCGGGAAAGCCACACACGCUCGAAUCGGCCAGCUCUGCAAAAACGACCUAGGGGGACACAGGAGUCUGGUGAAUAAGUGGACCACCUUCUUAAAAGCUCGCCUUGUCUGCUCCGUCCCGGGAAGUAACGGAAUUGACACACAUUUUGAUGAACUGCAGGAUGUUUUCCUCAUCAGCACCAAGGAUCCCAAGAGCCCAAUCAUCUAUGCGGUAUUCACCACAUCCAGCAACAUCUUCAAAGGUUCAGCCGUGUGCAUGUACAGCAUGACUGACAUCCGCCGAGUCUUCCUGGGGCCUUACGCUCAUAGAGACGGUCCCAACUAUCAGUGGGUCCCCUUCCAGGGACGAGUUCCUUACCCACGCCCCGGAACAUGUCCCAGCAAGACGUUCGGAGGAUUCGACACAACCAAGGACCUUCCCGAUGAAGUGGUAGUCUUUGCCCGAAGCCACCCGGCCAUGUUCAACCCCGUCUACCCGAUCAACAACAAACCAAUCAUAGUUAGGACCGACGUGGACUAUCAGUUCACGCAACUAGUAGUGGAUAAAGUCGAAGCAGAAGAUGGGCAGUACGAUGUCAUGUUCAUAGGCACAGAUGUAGGAACGAUUUUGAAAGUCGUAUCCAUCCCGAGAGGCUCGUGGCAUGACCUGGAGGAAGUGCUGCUGGAGGAAAUGUCUGUUUUCAGAAAGCCGACAGCCAUCACAGCUAUAGAGCUUUCAACAAAGCAGCAACAACUGUACCUGGGCUCAGACAUGGGCGUGUCUCAGAUGCCAUUGCAUCGCUGUGAGAUUUAUGGAAAAGCCUGCGCCGAGUGCUGCCUGGCGAGGGACCCCUACUGCGCAUGGGACGGGACUGAGUGCUCCAGAUAUUUCCCCAUGGCUAAGAGGAGAACCAGGAGACAAGAUAUCAGGAACGGAGACCCUCUCACGCAAUGUUCAGAUCUGCAGCAGAACGAUGAGUUCAGCGAGCAGAAAACCCUGGAGGACAAGAACAUCUACGGUGUGGAGAACAGCAGCACCUUCCUGGAGUGCAGCCCCAAGUCGCAGCGAGCGCUGACUUACUGGCAGUUUCAGCGCUCACCUGACGAGCGCAAACAGGAGAUUAAAUCAGAGGAACGUUUUGUCCGCACUGAACAAGGUCUGUUGAUCCGCACGCUCAACAAGAAGGAUUCCGGCAUCUACCUGUGCCAGGCAGUGGAGCACGGCUUCAUGCAGACGCUACUGAAAGUGACCCUGGAGGUGAUUGACGGCGAACACCUUGAAGGUCUGCUGAACGGCGACGACGAGGCCGCCGCCAACGCGUCGGUGCAGGACCUCCUGCUCCGCCGGGAGACGGAAAAUCACAGGCUAUGGUACAGAGACUUCCUGUCUUUGGUCAACCACCCGACUCUGAACAGCGUGGACGAGUUCUGUGAGCAAGUCUGGAAGCGGGAGCGCAAGCACAAGAAGCAGAAAGCUCACCUGGUGCAGCAGCAGCAGCAGCAGCAGGCGGUGCUGAAUGCCCACAACCACAUGCACAAUCAAGGCCUGGCAGCCAAGUGGAAACAUCUUCAAGAGAGGCAAAAGGGGCGCAACCGCAGGACCCACGAGCUGGAGCGGGCCCCCCGCAGUGUCUGACCCAGAAACUUUGUCUGAAAGCACAACCCCGAUUCUCAUUCUGUCCCCCCUCAUGG